AUGAUAAAUGCUAUCGAGAUUGAGUCACCUAAUAUUGGCAUUCCAAUGACAGACCCAUAUGAACCCCAAGUUACUACGACAUUUGCGCCCAACCGGCCUGAUAGUCAUUCAUUUCAUCAUGUCGAGGAGGUUAUUCCCGCUGUCCAAUCCCCAACCCCUUCAGUUUUCUCGCCAACUUCAUCCUCAUCACAACCGCAACUUUCUUUUGUUGCAUCUUCAAGCCAAGCAAGAAUGGCAACUGCUCUUGUUUCUGAUUUCGUUAUUGUUCAUCAGCUUGUCACCUCACUUGUAGAUGCAGUGAGCGAUGACAAGGCAGCUCGGGUUUCUGCUUCAAAGUCUCUUGACGACUACUUCGAGCUGCCAGAGUCAGGUGAACAGAAAAAUAAACAAGAAGUUGCGCUGCUGCAUGAUGCUAUCCAGCCGCUUGCCAUUACGCUGGGUGAACAAAGAGAUACGGAGUCAUCUACUUCCAGCCCGAUGCAUUUAGCAUUUGCCAACUGUGUGCCCACUGCGGAAUGCUGCUUGGAGCAAGAGGAUCAGCCUAAUACUGCGUCGGGUCUUAUUAAGCCAAAAGAACAGGAUGAACCAAAGAGAAUGGGACAGUCUGAUGAUUUUGCCACUUAUUUGUCAGACUCUUCCUCUUCAUUGUCUCUAUCCUCACCCACUUCAACCGUCUCUCUUGCUACUCCCUUGUCUACUAGCUCCACAUAUUCCCCAGUUUCAGGCCAUCUAGGUGGCACCGAUAACCUUGGUCCGCCUCUACCUAUGCGGAAAAAGCAGCAUACCGCCUUCACUCAGUUACCCUCAGGUUUGUAUCAAUUUUUAUCUCAGUUGUUCGCUGUGAUAUACACUUAA